AUGCCCUUCUCAAGUUCAAAAGACCUUAUUGAUCCUUCAAACCGGCUCUCCUCUUGGACUGUUGAUAGGGAUUGCUGUCACUGGCAUGGUGUUGUCUGCCACAACCUCACGUCUCACGUCUAUCAACUCCAUCUCGGACGCUUUCCUGUUUAUGAAACUAAAGAAGGAUAUGAAGCUUAUAAGCGGUCAAUGUUUGGUGGUAAGCUAAAUCCUUCUCUGCUUAAUUUGAAGCAUUUGAAUUACUUUGACCUCAGCUCCAAUAAUUUCUAUGCUUCUCCUAUUCCCUCAUUUAUCGGUUCAAUGAAGAGUUUAACAUCUCUUAAUCUCUCUAAUUCGGGAUUUGUGGGACUCAUACCUCCUCAACUUGGAAAUCUCUCCAAUUUGCUCUCUCUCAAUCUUAAAUGUUCUUGGGAUAAUGAUUUAUAUGUGAAUAACCUUCAAUGGCUUUCUGGUCUUCCUUUGCUACAAUAUCUCGAUAUGAGUUAUGUUAAUCUUAGCAAAGCCUCUGACUGGCUACAAGUCACAGACACACUCCCUUCCUUGUAUGAGUUGCGGUUGUCACGUUGCCAACUUCCUUUCAAUCCACCGACACCCAGUGUUAACUUUUCAUCUCUUGUUGUUGAUCUCCACAACAUAACUUCUCUUAGGCGCCUCGAGCUAUUUGGAAACAAUUUCAACUCUUCAAUUCCCAAUUGGUUGUAUAGUUUUAGUUGUCUUGAGUUUCUCAACCUUGCCGACAAUAAUUUGCAGGGUACAAUCUCCAGUGCCAUUGGAAACCUAACCUCUGCCAUUAGUAUUGACUUGUCAAGAAAUGAACUUGGAGGAAAGUUGCCAAGAUCGUUGGGUAAUCUCUGUAAGUUAAGGGAAAUCAUAUUGACAUCCAACAAAUGGAGUCAAGAGAUAUCUGAAAUCUUAGAAAGUUUAUCAGGGUGUGUUUCAGAUAGACUAGAGAUCUUAGACUUAAGUGAUUCUCAAUUUCAUGGUCAUUUGACAGAUGAACUUGGUCUAUUCAAAAAUCUAGCUCAUCUUGAUCUUCAGAAUAAUUCAAUCUCAGGUCCACUUCCGGUGUCUUUUGGAAAUCUCUCAUCUCUGACAAACCUGGAUCUUUCAAAUAAUCUAUUCAAUGGGACACUUCCUCAAAAUUUUGGGCAGCUUUCCAAGCUAAACGGUUUGUUUAUUGAAUCAAAUAUGUUGGAAGGUGCUGUGUCCGAAUCCCAUUUUUCCAAUUUAACAAGAUUGGAAGCAAUUAUUGCAUUUGGAAACCGGCUGACUUUAAAUGUAAGUCACGAUUGGAUUCCUCCGUUUCAACUUUACACUUUAAGCUUGCGAUCAUGGAAUUUAGGGCCAGAAUUUCCUCCAUGGCUUUGUUCACAAAGGUAUCUUCAGUUUUUGGACAUAUCCAACACACAGAUUUCAGAUGUGAUUCCUCCUUCAUUUUGGAACUUGUCUUCUCAAUUCUCAUAUCUAAAUCUUUCCCACAAUCAAAUCAAUGGUGAGAUUCCAAACAAUCCUUCAAUUUUGUCUGCUGCUCUAGUAAUUGAUUUAAGUUCAAACCAUUUCAAAGGUUCAUUGCCUUAUAUAUCCUCUAGUGUGACUGAGCUAGAUCUUUCUGACAAUUCAUUCUCCAAGUCAAUUUCAUCAUUUUUGUGUUUCAAGAUGAAUGACUCCAAAAGCAUAGGAUAUCUCAAUCUUGAAAAAAAUAAUUUAUCAGGAAAAAUACCUGAUUGUUGGACAAUGUGGCACAAAUUGGAGAUCCUAAAUUUAGGAAACAACAAUUUCACUGGCAACAUUCCGGCAUCCAUUGGAUCAUUGACUCUUCUCAAGUCUUUGCACCUACGCAACAACAAAUUCUCUGGAAACUUACCAUCAUCUCUGAGAAAUUGUGAAAAUUUGGUGAUUAUUGAUGUUGCUGAAAAUGAGUUUGUUGGAAGCAUACCUUCAUGGAUAGGCCAUAGAUUUUCAAGCUUGAUGAGUCUCAACCUUCACUCAAAUAAUUUCCAUGGUCACAUACCAAAAGAACUUUGUGCUCUUACCUCACUCCAGAUCUUGGACCUUUCUCAUAAUAAGCUAUCUAGAGGUAUUCCUGGAUGUGUAAAAAAAUUUAGUGCCAUGGCCACAAAAAAUGGUUCAAAUCCUGACAUGAGUUUUAAUCCCCCAAAUAAUUUUUUCGGUGAAACUCUCCCUCUUGAAAGUGAAUUGCUUGUGAUAAAGGGCAAAGCUCGAGAGUAUAGCACCAUUCUCCACCUAGUAAAAUGUAUAGACUUUUCCAAUAACAAUUUAUCAGGUGAGAUCCCUAAAGAAGUGACUAGUCUUCAAGGAUUACAAUCAUUGAAUCUAUCAUAUAAUCUCUUGAUUGGAAGUAUUCCUGAGAAUAUAGGUGCUAUGGGAUCAUUGGAAUCAAUUGAUUUCUCCAUGAACCAACUUUCUGGUCAAAUUCCCUCAAGAAUGUCAAGUUUGACAUUUUUAAAUCAUUUGAACUUGUCAAAUAAUAAUUUGAUUGGGAAAAUUCCUUUAAGCACUCAACUACAGAGCUUCAAUGCAUCAGGUUUUAUUGGAAACAAACUUUGCGGACUACCACUUUCUAAUAAUUGUACUAUAAAUGAUGUAAACCCUGACAAAGAAAACAAAGGGAGCAAACAUAAUGGUGGACUUGAAGUGGAUUGGUUCUUUGUAAGCAUGGCACUCGGCUUUGUGGUUGGGUUUUGGGGUGUAUGUGGCCCUUUACUAUUGAACAAGCAAUGGAGAAUUAUGUAUUUUCAAUUCCUGUAUCACAUGGGGUACAAGCUUAAGAGUCUUGUUUUGUUGUAA